GCCAACUCGGCCUAUUUAGAAACUCAAUUUAAAAGCAUAUUCUUUGGGAAUGUGCUUCACUUUUUUUUUAGCUUAUUAACAAAAAGGCAUAUACCAAAGCAUAAAGGGGCAGUUGGGUAUUUGUUAUGAAGUUUGGCAUAUCACACCUUUCUUUGUUUCUAUUUCGAAAGGGAAAGAUGAUUGGCAAUUGCUCUUCAUAUCGUACCCAAAACCUCAUUCCAUCUCACCUCAAGAUUGAAGAUUUCGAUGUCAAUUACUUUUAAUGAUUCAUCGAGCAACUCUCAAAUUCACAAACUUUUGCUUAUGAUGAGAAGUUCAUACCUCAAUCUGCAUUUUACACAUUCCAAAUUCUCUCAUAUGUUCUUCAUCGAUGCUACUUAGACGCACCGAUUGGUAACACUUUCUCUUCUCGUGCCAUGUAUGCAUAUAUGUAUAUUCAUAUAAAAAAGGCAAACAAAACACAUCCUUUUUUGUAAGGAUGAUAUAAUAGAUGUAUAUCAAUGAACUAUAUGGUUUUAAUUAGAGGUGUACGAAAGAGACAAAAAUCUAUGCAAACCAAUUCUGUUUGAGAUCGAAUCUUCUAUUUAGUACUAGUUUGAAUAUUAUACAUGUAACUGGUUUGCAUACAAUUUUUGUCAAACCGGUUUUCAAACCUUAAUAUAGACAAUUUUUUAUACAGUAAGAAAAAUAUCAUUUCCAUCCACUAUAGUUUUAAAUUGUUGUUGAUACAAUGUUUUUGAGGUUAUUGAAGACCGCUUUUGGCCUUUAUAUGUAAACUUUUGUUAUCUUUCAAACCGAAACCAAAUCCGACAAAAAUGAUGAAAACAUAGGUUUUAGUGGUUCUUUAUAAUUGAUUUUUUUUUUCUCCAAACUGAAUUUCCCCAAAACGGUUUUGUUUAUCUAAAAAAAGUUGAACCGAUUUAGUUUAAAAUAUAAGAUUUAUAAGAAAAUUACUAAUCUAGCUAUUUUGCCCAAUGACUUUUCACUUUUUAGCAAAAAUUUAAAAUUAGCCAUUUUUGCCACUAAAACCAUAUGUUUUUAAAGGAACCUAUGGUCAAUACUAGUCGACUACGGUCAAUGGUAGUCUGACUACUGUUUUCAUACUAAUGGACUAUUGUAACUACGGUUAAUGGUAGUCUGACUACUAUUUUCAUACUAAUGGACUAUUGUUUCGUAGCCCGAUUAUUUUUUCAAGACCCAUCAGCCACCAACAAUAUAUAAAGUUGUAAAUUUUCAUUUAGGUUAUUUUUAUAUGUUUAAAGUGAGGAAAUACUUUUUGUCAAUGGAGGCUUCUAACAACCAUCAUGCAUAUCUCCGAUUCACCGUGUUUUUAUUUAUUUAGUACAAGAUUUGCUACCAUGAGUUUGAUUUUAGUUGGAAAAAACGAAAAAAAGGAAGUCGAAGGCUUCGUAAGAAACUUAUGGUGUACAAGCAGGUAAUGCACAGUUUGUGAAUUGACUGGUUGCACAGGUUUCUUAUGAAGCCUAUUAUUCCCGAUUUUUUAAUAGCUUUUACACUAUGAAAUAUCAUAGCAUUGUGUUAAUUUUUGUUAAAAAAACAAAAAAAAAAGAUAAAUAAAUAAAGGUAACCGUGGGCUUCAUAUGAAAAUGUAGUGCACAUAUACUAAAUAGUAGUCAACUAUAAAAAAAAACACCAAACCGUAGUUUAGUUCUUAAAACCGUAGGUUUCCAGUAAACUAUUCUUUGGAAAACCGUAGUUUACCUAGAGUAUACCGUAGGUAUUUUAGAAACCUACGGCUUCUUGACAAAAAAUAAAAAAAAUAAAUUAUACAAAGCCUAGAAACCAUAGGUUUCCACGAAAUAGCAGUUGUUUUUUUAAAACUACGUUUUUGCAUGACUAUUUUUAGCUAUUUGUAAAAUUUUAACUAUUAAGUGAAAAAUAAUCAGAAAAGAUAGAUUAGUUAUAGUCUCAAUAUUUAUACACCUCUCAUUCCUAAUUCCUAAGACCUAACUCCAAAAAAUGAGAAAAGAAAGUUUGGUUAAUGAGCCCAAAGCAUAUUAUGAAGCCUAUUAAGGGUCUCAGCCCAUAAUAUAAGAUCCCACCGUCAACCCUAACGCCGUGAAUUUAAACGGAAUUCCCGCUCCCCACUUUUGCCGCACACUUGCUUCUCAUUGGUUCUCGUGAAAAGCAAUUCCGAGCCUAAGGUUCGGUUACGAACCUCCUCCUUAAGUCUACAGAUUCUUAUUCAAUUCUCUAUUUCUCUUCACACAUCCGAAUUUUUUUCAAAAAGUCGCACAUCUUCUCCUGAUUUCCGGCGCCGAAUCUCCCUCAGAUCCGGUAACUGUUAAUCAAGAUAUGGCCGAUAACGUCGCCGGUGAACACGAGAAGGAGGAUUCAUUCGUUGAAUCUGUCAAGGAUAAGAUCUCCGAGACGUUUCACAAAGACGAUUCUUCUUCGUCUUCUUCGUCUUCGGAUUCCGACAAUGAAGACAAGAAGAGUUCAUCUGUGUCCGAUGUAAAGGACAAGAUUUAUCGGCUCUUCGGGAGGGAGAAGCCUGUUCACAAGCUCUUAGGAGGCGGCAAACCUGCUGAUAUCUUCCUCUGGAAGGACAAGAAGGUUUCUGCUGGUGUGCUCGGGUUUGCCACAUUGAUAUGGGUGCUUUUCGAGUUGGUUGAAUAUCACUUACUUACACUAGUAUGCCAUACUCUAAUCUUAGCUCUAGCAGUCCUUUUCCUGUGGUCCAAUGCUGCAAGCUUCAUCAACAAGUCUCCACCAAAGUUCCCAGAAGUCAACCUCCCAGAAGAUAUUGUUCUUGGUGUCGCCUCUGCUCUCAGGGUUGAAAUCAACAAAGCUUUUGAAGUCCUCCGAUGCAUUGCUUCAGGAAAAGACCUCAAGAAAUUUCUUGGUGUGGUUGCUGGCUUGUGGGUUCUCUCAAUUAUUGGAAGCUGCUGGAACUUCUUGACAUUGUUCUACAUAUGCUUUGUUUUGCUGCACACAUUGCCUUAUCUUUAUGAUAAAUAUGAGGACAAAGUUGAUGCUUUUGGUGAGAAAGCAGAGGCUGAGAUUAAGAAGCAGUAUGCAGUUUUCUGUGUGAAGGUUUUGAGCAAGAUUCCAGUAGGAGCAUUGAAGCACAAGUUUGCAUGAUCUCUUUCUCAUAAUCUCAUCUCAGGUGACUACUACUACUAAAGUACUACUAGAUGUGUCUUUCUCACUCGUUUGUUGUGACUUGUGAUAUUUUUAUAAACUAGAAGCUCAGUUUAUUUAUUUCAUUGAUUAUCUGAUACGUUUGUGGUGAAUCAAUGAUAUAAUUUAAACAAAAUUCAGUAAUAUGAUGUAAUGAAGUUUUAGACAUUUAAGUCCCCUUUACACUGUUGUUAGAGUUAUUUCAAGCAAUAUGAAUGAAAGGGGAUGUAAUUUUGUAUUAGUCGAAUUUGCUUAUCAACUUAUGAAUGUUUUUAAAAUUUAGUUUAAAAGAAAGUGUUUGGUUGAUGAAAUGUAAUAAUUUGAUAAGUUGUUUUUAUUGUAUGACAGAUUAUGUUUAUGCAUGUAAAAUGAUAAAACAUAGGGGUUAAAAGGUAAAUUCGUAAGCAUGGGAAAAAACGAGUGCGAUAUACAUGUUUUCUAGGGAU